AUGUCAACAGGUGUUUAUACGAAGUUCUUGGCCAACUUGACAAGGAUCUUCGCUGCUGACCUACAUGCCUUUCCCGCAUGCAUAGCAGUGGCAUUAUCGGGUGGUGCCGAUUCUAUGGCACUAUUGAACAUGCUUGUUAGACUUAAAGAAGAAAAGCUUCAAAACUUGCACAUUCAUGCCAUAACCGUGAACCAUAAUGUUCGCCCUGAAAGUGCCGAGGAAGCUCAAGAAGUGGGAGAAGUUGUUUCUAAAUUACCUGUUGAGCAUCAUAUUCUUGAUAUCAAUCAGAAGAUAGGUCCAAAGCAGAUGGAGAAGAAUGCUAGAGAGCUAAGAUACAAACUUUUGCUAGGAGCUUGUGAGAAAGUUGGUGCGGGUGAUAUUUUUAUGGGUCAUCAUCGAAGUGAUCAGCUGGAGACGUUUCUACUUCGAAUGUUGAAUAAUUCCACUUUGUUUGGAUUGAGAUCUAUGAAGCCGGUUAGUAAUUAUCCUAUUGUAUCACCAAAUUUAGACUUAAAGGUGGUUAGGCCAAUGCUGAAUAUAGACAAAAGUGAGAUUCUGAGCUAUUGCAAGAGUGCGGGGCUCAAGUGGUUUGAGGAUAGAACUAACUUCAUUCCUGGUCUCACAAAACGGAAUUACUUCCGUUCCCUACUCAAAGAUGAUAAGAAUAAGUUGCCACCAGCCUUGCAGAAGUCAAAGAUUCUUGACUCGUUGGCAAAGGUUGAAAGCUUCAACAAGAUUGUGGAUUUAAGAAUGAACAAUAUUAGGAAAAGACUUCAGGAGGAGGGUGCGGAUGUCAUAGAUCCAAAGACCAUGUCUUUGAAACUUUUCUUCCCUGCAGACAUGAUUGGUCCGCUUAAUUAUGUUGCUUUGGACAGAUAUCUCUUCUUGGACAUGUACCAAGUUAGUGCAAGUGCAAACUAUUUCCAUGAAUUCACUAAGGUGGAUGAUAAGUACUCGACUUUUAUUCCAAAAGUUACUGGAAGGAAAGAUAAAUCCUCUUUGAUUGAAGAUAUUUGGAACGGCAAGAAGCCAAGCAGAUUUACGCUUCUAAAGUGUCAAUUUGACGUCAAGCGUUCUGAUGAUGGUAUCGAGAUGGAAAUCAGUAGAGCAAAUGAAGAUCCUCGUAGGGGAUUUCACGUGCUUCCAUUUGAUAUCAAAUCUGGAGAGCCAACGCAGUGGUUAUUUUUCGAUGAGAGACUCUUCCUGAAGUUUAGUUGUAUCGAUCCAAAUAUGAGUGGUCGGUAUAGACUAGAGAUUUUCAAAGAUAAAGUUCACUUAGAUAUUUUGAAGAAGAGUUUUGCAAGAUAUUCAGGAUUCAAGAAGUUGCUUAACAAGUAUCACGUUCCAGUCUUGAUCCGCUCGGGUGAGUCCGGUGAUUCUGAUAAGAUUGUUGGAUUCCCUACUUUGUGGAAAUAUGCAGAUGACGUCAAACCGGGUAGCAUUGUUUGCGAGAUGAAGAUGAAGCGUGCGUUGCUUUGA